AUGCAUUUCGCACAUCAGAUGCAGAGGAUGCAACCAUCAUCGUCAGACCGGCUUAAUCCAGCAACGUCCGCUGCACUCUACAAGAGAGCGAAUCGAGGUAUGGUCAAAACCAGUUAUGUUGCAUUGAAACCAGUUAUUGUGGAGAAGUUAUCUGAAGAGGAGCGAUACGAAAUUCGUGAAAAGCUUAUCCAUUUACUUGCAACAAAACCUUUCGGGCUGGCUGAGCUGUUUGCGCGCCUUAAAACAGACGGUUUACCAGAUUCCGCAAGGGAUUUAAUACCGAAUUUCCUCCUAGCCACCGCCUUGCUUCGAGACAACGUGUACAACUUACGGCGAAAUGUGUGGUAUGACGUGAAAGAUGACUGGCCACAUUAUACUGAGUUGGAGCGCGAGCAAAUGAAGCGGCGCAAACAACAGAUUUUGAAUCCAACGCAAAUCAUCAAAGAAAACAUAAUAUCCACUGAGCAGAUUCGUCCACCAUUGUCCAGCUCAAUCAAAGAAAUGAAUACAAAUCAGGGUCUGUCUCCUAAGCGCAAGUUGAAAUUUGAAAAGCAACACUACGAACCAGUGCCAAAACACCGAAAUACGCAUAUCUCAAUUCAAUGCUCAAGAAAAGAUUCCAUUAGACCGAAUCUAAUAACAACUUCAGCUUCCUCGGGUGCUGUAGUACUACCAGAAAACGCAAUGUCAACUGACCCGACUCGUGCACCAUUAACAAACUCCAUCAAAUUGAAUAAAGAUGGGAUUGGAUCCUGUCAACCAGCUUCAGCUUCUUCUAGUGCUGCAGGAUUACCAGAAUUAAACGGCAGUGCUUUAAAAUCGCAUAACAAAAACUCUGAUAACGACUGUGAGGAGAAAUAUUAUUACCCGCCACAAAAGAAAACACGCAUUAGUCACUUGUUGACUGCUCGCAAGUAA